AUGACGAAGAUUGGAAGGAAUGGUUCCUUGGGGUCUGUGACCGUUUCUACAUUACAAGAAAAUGUUGGUUCAUGGGCUAAAAUAAGGGAUAAGAACCACCAAGAACUUCACCAGAGCUAUAAGCCCAGGGUCAACUUGAUGUACGUGAAUUUCAGCAGGACUCUCCCAUCCCUAUUCGGCCAAUCAUUCUUGAACUAUGAUGCUCAUGACUAUUCUAGUUUCGCACGACGUGCUCAGGGCAGCGAGUCAGAAUGUCAAUCUACAAGCAUUCGAUACCUUCCAUUCACCUUUGAAACUUUCAGAUAUAUUUCACUCAAGUUUCUGAUUCAUAGCGGUAUUUCCCGCGUUAUCAGCCGUGCAGACGUGGCAGCAUUUUGUGCUGGAGAGGUGAACAUGGGCGAGCUGGGAGACUCCACUAUAGUAUAUCACUGCAGAACUUCAAAUGCAUGGCCUGGUGAUUUGGCCCUCACCGUGUCACACAUUUUAAAGACAGGGUCCACCAAUGCGAUAUUCUUCGGCACCGAUGCUGAGAUCGAAGAAGAAAUAAUCGACAGACUCUACUUUUCCUCUCAAGCUUUACAGCACCCGUUCCUCCUUCAAGGAAUAUUCACUGAACUGGAGAGAAAAAGACAGCUAAAGCGGCUCGUCGAGGAUACUCAAGAUGAGCUAGAAAGAGCCAUCUCGAACUUGAGCUCCGAGAGCGUCACCCAAAGUACGAAAGCUUCUACGCAACCCACCAUUGACCUUUGGCUAGAGACUACAGAGCUACGAAACGGCCUGAUGAAUUGGAAGACACAGUUGAAAGAGAUGCUGCUUCAUAUCGAAGAGAUGGCCGAGACAUACCCAGUACCGAGAGUUGCGGGUCGUCCUUCAGCAUUUGACAUUGUUGAUGCUGAGGCAGAUAUGAUGCGGAAGCAGGCAAAAUUAAAUUCUACGAUCAAAAGUCGGCUGAGAUCCAUAAUACAUGAGUAUGAAGAGACUAUCAGAGAUUGUACAAUGAGACUAGAUGGGAUGUCGAUGGCGACUCAGCUCUCUCAUGCGAAAACCAACAUGCAAAUUGCACUUGAGACCAAACGGGACGGAAAGCGUAUACAAAACAUUUCAAUUUUCUCUAUGAUAUUCUUACCCAGCAUGUUCGUUGCACGUUCUGAUACUUGGUGGAUACUACCUAAUGUCCACACGUCUGAUGUGCCUUCGUAUCGCACACCAGAAGUCACGGAAGUGGUUGUCGAUGGUUUAGUAUGA